AUAAAAACAACCCACCCACUCUUCCUUCCCUUCCCCAUUUCACCUUCCUUUUCACAACCAUUUAUUAGAUUCCUCUUUAAUGGACUUUUCUUUUCUUCACUCUAUUGUACAUAUUCUUAGCUGAAAAACAAGAAAACCCAUCUCAAAUCCUUUCAUUACUUGUUCAUAAUCUUUUGCUGUUUUCAGUGGUUUUUUUCUGGGACUUAAAAUUACAGACUUCUUUGAGUCUUGUUGGAUUUUGUUUUUUUUUUCUGCAUAAUUUUCUGUGUUUAUUGCAGAAAAAAAAGCUUUUAUUCCAGUAACCAUAUAUGUAUUUGUUAUAAUCAAAACUUAUAGAUAUACAAUUAUAAAAAAAUUGUAUAUUUCUUUUUACCAAUUUCUUAAGCAAGAAAAGAACUUUUCUUCUUUUUUACAUUUUCAAUUUUUGUAAAAAUUAACUAAGGGAGAAAAAAAAAUAUUGGACAGAUGGGAAAGCAAGGACCUUGCUAUCACUGUGGUGUUACAAGCACCCCUCUUUGGCGUAAUGGACCACCAGAAAAGCCAAUUCUUUGCAAUGCAUGUGGAUCUCGAUGGAGAACAAAGGGGACACUUGCAAACUAUACUCCUCUGCAUGCAAGGGCUGAACCAGAUGACUUCGAAGAUUACAGGGUCUCAAGGUUCAAAAACUCGCCUGUGAAGAACAAGGAGGUGAAGGUGCUGAAACGAAAGAAAAAUCAUGAUAAUCCUGAAAUUGGAAUUCUUCCUGAUUAUAAUCAGGGCUUCCACCGUAAGGUUUUAGAUGAGGAUACAAGCAACAGGUCAAGUUCUGGCUCUGCCGUGUCAAACUCUGAAAGCUGUGCACAAUUCGGUAGUGCUGAAGCAAGUGAUUUGACAGGUCCUACCCAAUCAAAUAUAUGGGAAGGGAUGGUGCCUUCAAAGAAGAGAACCUGUGUGGGUCGUCCAAAGCAAUCUUCAGUUGAAAAGCUUACCAAAGACCUGUAUACCAUCUUACAUGAACAACAGUGUUCAUACUGGUCUGGAUCUUCUGAAGAGGAUUUGCUUCUUGAAAGUGACAAGCCUAUGGUCUCUGUUGAGAUAGGACAUGGAAGUGUGCUAAUUCGACAUCCAAGUUCUCUAGGUCGAGAAGAAGAAUCAGAAGCCAGCUCUCUAUCGGUUGACAACAAACACCACUCUUCGAAUGAGGCUUAUUCACAAUUGAUUACUCCAUCUGUACAUAUUAAUAAGGGUGUCAAUUCAUCAAACCUGGUAACUGAGAGAGCUAAGAAGCCUACUGGUCAAGACCAGAUUAAAAGGAGCAAGGAUCAGCUUGAAAAUUUGCAGAUUCUUGGACAUCAUAAUUCGCCACUAUGCUACAUAGACCUUAAGGAUGUACUUAAUUAUGAAGAAUUCAUAACGCAUCUGUCAAGUGAUGAACAACAGCAACUACUAAAGUACUUACCUCCUGUUGAUUCUUUUUCACCUCCCGAGAGUCUCAGGAGCAUGUUUGAGAGUUCUCAAUUUGAGGAGAAUUUGUCUUCCUUCCAGAAACUUCUUGCAGAAGGUGUCUUUGAUAACUCGUUAUCUGGGGUGACAAUAGAAGAUUGUAGAACGUUGAAGAGGUUUACUUUGUGCUAUUUAAUGAAGUCAAAGUGGGUGGAACAAUAUCUUCUUAAGGACAUGAAAUGUAAAAAUAGUAGCAGUACUUCUGAAGUUGCAGGAGGGCCCAGUGUUAUUGGCACAGGUCAUUCAGGGAACAUGAAGAGACCACACGAUGGGCAACGUCCAAGAUAUUCAGGGGCAAACACAACAAUGAAGAGCCCCAAGAGGAUGAUGCUGAAAAGCAGUUAUGAACAGAAGGAAAUAGUAGAGAAUGAUAGCUCUUGCUUCAGUCCAAGAAGCCUAUUUGCAUUGCCUACAGAGAAUUCCUUCCGUUUUGCAAAUGAAAGUUCUGAUCAGGACUUGCUGCUGGAUGUGCCAUCUAACAGCUCCUUCCCUCAGGCAGAACUCCUCCUACCAACAGCAAGUUUCGCAGCUCAAGCAAGCACUAGUAGUAGCUCCGUAUACCCACAACUCCUCCGGCCAUAGUAACACUAUCACACUUAGCUUUCUGUCUGUAGGGUAUUUACAAGGUUCUUGGGCCAAACCACAUGACUAUCUCUGCAUGUUCCUUGUCAAAUAUAUAAAUGUCUCGCGAAGGGGUUUGGAUGGUUGCCUUUUACCUUUUUCCCGGUAACCUAAUAUAAAAUGAAAUUUUGGAUUUAGCGGAUGGAUAUGUUUGUUUUUUUAAACCUUUUUUGUAUAGGUUGUCAAGCAUUGUACAAUAUAGCUGAAAAUGCAGAGGUGGUGAUGUCUAGAUAUUUUGUAUGCACUAAAGUUUUAACCUCAAAUUGAGACCCCCUUCUGUCUGUUAGUUUUG